AUGAUUUACGAGACCCGUGGUUGGGCAGCCGGAUGGAGAAUAUCUAUCCUUUUCUCUACCUGGAACAAGGGGGCUAAAUGGCGGGAGUGGGAAAAAGGGACGAGACGAUCUGAAGAGAUUUCUAGCCCCGGAAAGACGGGCGAAGACGAGGACGAAGAAGAAGCGGGAGAAGGUCGAAGGUCGAAAGCAGGACGAGCGGACACAGGAGGAGGAGAGCGAGUCGAGGGACGCUGUUUCAGAAACCUGUCCAAGGGGAGGCGAAUAAAAAGAAAAAAGGGUGACAUUAUAUUCUUCUUUCUCGUAUCCAACUGUUACUGGGUGCGCCUAAGGGACAGAGCGCUGGCAUGGCGGACAUUGUUAUCGCCUGCAUUGGACGUCUACGAUGAAACACGAACACGCAAGAGACACGGAACAGUCAAAAGGAACGAGAGAGAAGAGAAGAAAGAGGCUUACGCAGUGACUCUUGUGUUGAUCUCGGACGUUCCCGUCUUUGCACAUGGGAAACUGAUAUAUCACCGUCUGAGGGUCGUCGCUGUGCUGGCAAAUGUCGCCGAUAUCGUCUUUCGCCCUUUGAGGAGGCAGUUUUUUACGGAGUACUCCGUCCUCUUUGCAGAUAUGGAUACUCUGUCCAUACAGGCAGAGAUGCAACGACAGUGGAUGCUUUAA